UGUGGUUUCUUGCCAAACACCAAUAAACGCGAAGAAGAAGGAGCAGGAGCAGGCAUGUCUGCAGACAGUGUCCCCGUACAAACAUCUGAAAAUGCAAACGGAGGAAACAGGAGGAUACCGUGUCCGUUGCACGCCUGUAAGAGAGUGUACAGUGACACAAGUGCUCUGGAGAGCCACAUCAAAGAUCAUGACAUCCCGGCUCAGUCUCUACCUGGUAAAGUGCUGCUGUGCUCUACUGUCGGCUGCGGUGGUUCUUUCUCCAACAUGCAGAAACUGAUGGAGCACAUGAGGCAUCAUCACAAACCCAACAUUUUCUUCCAGUGUGAAAGCUGUCGCACUAAGUUGCGCUCAUACCGUGGCCUGCUGACUCACCUGCACACCUGUUCUAAAGUCACACGGAGUAAAACGAAGCCUGCUGAACAGACACCCCCUCAGCUUGCUGCUGUUACCAACCCAAAACCCACAGACCAGCACCUCUCACGGCUGGAGUCGGUGUCCGCACCCCCGCAACUGCCGCCUCAAAUCCCAAACCCAGAUGGAGCCACCCGCCCUGCUGAUCCUCAGGCACACUCCUCACCCCCACCUCUGCUCAGUUCCCCUAUCUUGCCUCUCCAAGAAACCUCCCCUCUUCAAAACAUUAAUGAAGCUCAUACUUUGCCUAAGGAAAAAGCCCCUAACAUGCCCUCAUGUCUAAAGAUGGAUGGUCCAAAAGCAAGCGCUGACCCUCCUGAGUUCCAGGUUCAGCACCAGCCACAGACCAGGUCACCUGAGACCAUCCAUCCUGCUCCAGGAUCAGCACCUCAUUCUCCUCCUGGUUCAUCAGCUAUCUGGAAGAAGAGUCCAGGUUUGGCCUGCAGCAGACGCAUCCUUUGGGAGCACACCAGGGGACGCUAUACUUGUGUACAGUGUGGCCAUGUGGUAACCAACCGCAAGGAAAUGACCCUGCACAUCAGCAGUAAACACAGCACCAUCAAAGCUGUAGAAGAUUCAGGGAGCUCUGCUACUAAUACUUAGUGUGGCAACUCUAGUUGUCUGUAUGUGUCGAGGUUUUAGCCAAAUUCUGAGUGCUGGCUGUGCAUAGCUGGGUUGACUCAGAGCGAAAACCCCGCAGGAGUUAUGUGCAUUUAUCUGCUUGGGUAAUGAUGCUAAGAAAAUUGUAUAUUACUGUUUCUGUAGAGCAUCUAACAUCUUCACCUCUUGAAUAAAAGGUUCAGACAUUUUUGUGAAAGUUUUUGUUUAAAUAUCUGACUUUUGGGUCACUCUAGUACAAACAAGAAGACCACAGAGAAGAUUGAAGGAGGACAUGCAGAGGUUUGGCGUGACAUGAGAUGAGAUGAAGGCAGAUGUGACCAACUUUAAAGAAAAGCUGAAAGACGAAGAGGAGUGCAAUAGUUUUAAAUCACUAAACCCUGUUCAGUGAAUGAACCUGAGUUAACUUAAGUAGUUACUUCCUCCAAACCAUCACCUUGUCUUUUAGACCCCAUUCAUGC